GCUCUUUCUGAAGACAUUUGACAAACUCUAAAGACAUUCAUCACAAGAUGCCAGAACAGACUGAGCUUAUUCACACCUUCAAUGGCAUUCCAUUUUCUACAAGAGUAUCAAAAGAGCUCCUUCAGUCUCUAGACACCUUUGAAGCCAGAGAAGACGACGUGUUAUUAGUUUCAUAUCCAAAAUCAGGCACGCACUGGCUUACAGAGAUUAUGAAGAAUCUGUACCACAGCCAACGCGAAGACAAUGGGGUUAGCAAAGUGACACUGACAUCACCUCUAGAGUUCGGAGAUCUCUCCAAAUUCGAUGAGCUGAGAAACCUCCCCAACAAGAGGCUCAUCCCAACACACCUCAACUAUGAGAUGAUCCCAGUGCAGUUCAAAACAAAAAAAUGCAAGAUGAUUUAUGUGAUCAGAAAUCCUAAGGACACCGCUGUUUCAUUGUACCAUUAUUACAAGCAGAACCCCAAUCUGCCCAAGAUUGAGAAAUGGUCCACCUUUUUGGAAAUGUUCUUGAAAGGAGAAGUUGUGUGCGGUUCCUGGAUUGACCAUGUCCUCAGCUGGGAAAAGAGUAAAACUGAUGAAAAUGUCCUUGUUCUGUACUAUGAGUCCUUAAAAGAGGAUCUUCCCAAGUAUGUCAAGGAGAUCAGCACAUUUUUGGGCAUCAACGUCACUGAAGAUCAAAUCAAAGACAUUUCAAAGAAAUCUUCCUUCAGUGAAAUGAAAGAAAAGGCAGAAAAGGAGAAAGUGAAUCCAAACCACACAGUCUGUGUACUGACGUCCAACAAGAAGCUGAUAUUUAGGAAAGGUACUGUUGGUGACUGGAAAAAUCAUUUCACUUCCAAGCAGAAUGCUAGAUUUGAUGAGCUGUUCAAGGAAAAAAUCAACUCCAGUGAAUUAGCAAGACGUGUGGAAUAUGAGAGUUAAAA